AUGGCUACCAACGGCGAUUUUACCGACGAUGAAUCGCAGCCUGGCUCUCCCAUGCUGGAUGCGGCGAACGGCCAGGAUGACAUUGAAGAACAGGAACCUCUUGAUGUGGAAGAAAAGCCCCUCAAGUCUGCGAUGAAGAAAGGCUCAGCGCCCCCUGCUCCUCAGCCGAAGCGUCCAGAACUCCCCGAGCAGCCCGACCCAGAGACUCUCGAUUUGUCGACACUCACGCCUCUGUCGCCCGAGAUUAUCGCGCGCCAGGCCACAAUCAACAUCGGUACUAUCGGACACGUCGCUCACGGCAAGUCGACUGUGGUGAAGGCUAUUUCGGAGGUGCAGACUGUCCGGUUCAAAAACGAGUUGGAGCGGAAUAUUACCAUCAAGCUUGGUUAUGCCAACGCGAAAAUCUACAAGUGCGACAACCCUGAGUGCCCGCGCCCGACGUGCUUCAAGAGUUACAAGAGUGAGAAGGAGAUCGACCCUCCAUGUGAAAGAGAAGGAUGCACAGGUCGUUACAGAUUGCUGAGACAUGUCUCGUUCGUCGACUGCCCUGGGCACGAUAUUCUCAUGAGUACCAUGUUGUCAGGUGCCGCCGUCAUGGACGCCGCCCUUUUGCUGAUUGCCGGAAACGAAGCUUGCCCCCAGCCUCAGACUUCGGAGCACUUGGCAGCUAUUGAAAUCAUGAAGCUCAGCCAUAUCAUCAUUCUGCAGAACAAGGUUGAUCUGAUGAGGGAAGACGGUGCUCUGCAACAUUACCAAUCAAUCCUGAAGUUCAUUCGUGGUACUGUUGCCGAUGGCUCUCCUAUCAUUCCAAUCUCUGCUCAGCUCAAGUACAACAUCGACGCUGUCAACGAAUACCUUGUUUCGCACAUCCCGGUUCCAGUCCGUGACUUCACUGCGUCCCCUCACAUGAUUGUCAUCCGUUCCUUCGACGUCAACAAGCCCGGUGCGGAGAUCGAUGAGUUGAAGGGUGGUGUUGCAGGUGGCUCUAUCCUCACUGGUGUGCUGAAGCUCAACGACGAGAUUGAGAUUCGCCCCGGUCUCGUUACCAAGGACGAGAAUGGCAAGAUUCAGUGCCGCCCCAUCUUCUCCCGUGUCGUCUCGCUCUUUGCUGAGCACAACGAUCUGAAGUUCGCUGUCCCUGGAGGUUUGAUCGGUGUCGGAACCCGUGUCGACCCUACCCUGUGCCGUGCCGAUCGUCUCGUCGGUUUCGUCCUGGGCCACCGUGGCCGUUUGCCGGCCAUCUACACUGAACUGGAGGUCAACUACUUCCUGCUGCGUCGCCUGCUCGGUGUCAAGACUGCCGACGGCAAGCAGGCCAAGGUUGCCAAGCUCACCAAGAACGAGGUCCUCAUGGUUAACAUCGGCUCUACGGCCACUGGUGCUAAGGUUAUGGGUGUGAAGGCUGAUGCUGCCAAGCUCAGCUUGACCAGCCCGGCUUGUACAGAGAUUGGAGAGAAGAUUGCUAUCAGCCGGAGAAUUGACAAGCAUUGGCGUCUGAUCGGCUGGGCCAAUAUUGUCGCUGGUAACACUCUUGAGCCCAUUCUGAACUAG